GGCUGGACAAGUAUUUCAAGAAUUAUUGCGUGCGGAGGAGUAUGUAAUCCUACCAACAUAAGCUGUAAUGAAAGCAGGGACUCAUGAUUACUACCCAGUUGGCCACUAGAUGUUUGUUAAACAAUCAAAAGAGCUAUCAGUUCCAAGUUUAGCAAUGACUUCCUCCACCAAACCAUUGUAUGCCUUUAAACAGAUCGAGAGAUCGAGCAGACAAUAAUUAGAUUGGACCAGCAUGGAUGUAAACAGCGUUGAACCCCGACUAAGUGCACCAGAUAAGGUCAUGAGCAAUUACGGGCUGAGUACUCAUGAAUAUUUCCUAGAGAAAAUCAUUUCGACGAUCAAGAAACAGCAAAGUGAGGAAGCAUUUUACGUGCUGGAUUUAGGUGUUGUCAUUAACCUCAUGGACACCUGGAAACAUAACCUUCCGAUGGUCCAACCCUUCUACGCUGUUAAAUGCAAUCCACACCCGGAUCUCCUCGCCACCUUGGUUGCUCAAGGCUCAAGUUUCGACUGUGCAAGUUGGUCUGAGAUUGAAUCCAUUUUGGCUCUGGGAGUUUCUCCAGAUCGCAUUAUCUAUGCUAAUCCUUGUAAAGCUUGCUCUCACAUCAAGUAUGCUGCCGCAGUUGGCGUUAACCUAACCACUUUUGAUUCAGUAGACGAGGUUCAUAAGAUCCGAAAAUUGCACCCGGAAUGUUCUUUACUAAUCCGCAUCAAAGCUCCGGACGAGAGUGGGAGCAGGUGGCCAAUGAGUUCCAAGUAUGGUGCUCUUCCCGAAGAAGUGCCUAAGCUCCUCCAAGCCGCUCAAACUAAAGGACUCAAAGUUGUUGGGGUAUCAUUUCAUAUAGGGAGUAAGUCCCACAAUUAUCAGGCAUAUAAAACAGCAAUACAGGCAGCUAAGGCGGUUUUUCAGGAGGCGGAUAGGCUCUGCAUGCCUCCCAUGCAUGUGUUGAACAUUGGCGGUGGCUUCGUGUCCGAUGCAUUGUGCUUUGAAGCUGCGGCAUCAGCCGUGAAAACUGCCGUGGACAAGUACUUUUCAAAGGAGGAGCGACAAAACUUAACGAUGAUGGCCGAGCCCGGUCGGUUCUUUGCGGAGACGGCUUUCACGCUUGCCACCAACAUCAUUGGGAAGCGAGUGAGAGGGGAGGUUAGACAUUACUGGAUCAACGAAGGGUUCCAUGGCUCCAUGAUGCGCGUGGAUCGUACAGCGCUAGUUGAAUCGUGCAUUUCUCUGAAAUGCAUGUCCAAUAACAGUAGUGACGACAAUGAGAAGAACCCAGGCAUUGUGGUAUGUGGUAAAGGUGUCGGUGGUGCUCGCACUUACAGUUCGAUUGUGUUUGGUCCGACGUGUGAUCCCAUUGACAAGGUGUUGGAGGGUCACCAGCUACCAGAAUUGGAGGUGAAUGAUUGGCUGGUGUUUCAGAAUAUGGGUGCUUAUACGUCAUCCUGUAGCAACAAGUUUAAUGGUUUUGGCGCAGCCAAGAUCACCUAUCUUACUGAUUAAUCGAUGACGCAUGAGUUUGCAAUACGUACUUUGUGUAAGCUCGCUCAAGUGUGCCAUGCCACUCACCUUUUUUCUUUAUGUAUCUUUUAUGUAUUAAGUUUCAUUUUGGUAUUUUUGUGUAGAAGAAUUAAUUUUGGUAUCACGUACAUGUGGUAAUAAUUUUUUG